GUUGAAAUAUAUACAUGUGAAUUGGUGUUGUAUUUAGGAUAAUUAGAUUAAAUUUGAUAAAAAGAACUUAUUUACAUGUAAUUUAUUUUUAUUUAUUUUGUAAUUUUAUUUUUAACAUUUGAUAAUAAUACACAUUAACGUUUAAUGUGGAUGUUUAUCUGAAUAAACUGUAAAGUUAAAGAUCGAUUCUUUCGUAAUUUAUCUCGAUUAAUAUAUUGACACAUGUAGGAACCUAUGUCAAUUAUCAAUAUUAGGAAGAUUUUAGACUUUUAUUUAAUUGUAAUAAUUUAAGUUGUGUAAAAGGUUAUAUCUACCUCAGUAUUGUUUUCUUUUUGAAUACCCACGUGCUUAAUGUAUAAAUAAUAUACAAAAUCAUGAAAGAAUCAUUGUUAACAAAUUGUGAAAAAAACUUCGUAAAUAAGUCAGUGGAACGUGGAACGCGAUUAGAUGGCAGAAAUUUAUUGGAAGCACGGCCAGUUAAAAUUUAUUUCGGAUCUAAUUGGGGUAGCUGUAUGGUGUCACUUGGUCAAACUAGAGUAGUAGCACAAGUAUCAUGUGAUAUUCAACAGCCUAAAACUUCACGUCCCAAUGAAGGAAUAUUGCACAUCAAUGUUGAACUUAAUCCAUUGGCAGCACAACAUUUUGAUGGUAAUAGACAAUCUGAAGCUUCAAUAUUAAUCAGCAGACAGCUUGACAAAUGUUUUAAAGAUUCAAAAUGUAUUGAUUUGGAAUCAUUAUGUAUAGUAGCCGAUAAAAAGGUAUGGAAUUUAAGAGUUGACAUAAAUAUUAUUAAUCAUGAUGGAAAUUUAAUAGACUGUGCCUCCAUUGCAACAUUGGCAGCACUUUCACAUUUUCAUAGGCCAGAUGUAACAUCAACCGGUGAAGAUAUUAUAAUUCAUUCUUUCUCUGAAAAAGAUCCUCUACCUUUAACAUUGUAUCAUUAUCCAGUUUGCGUAUCUUUUAUUACAUUUGAAAGUGGAAAUACAAUCAUGGAUCCUACAUAUUUAGAAGAAAGAGUUGGGGUAGCACAGCUCACACUUGGUAUAAAUUCUUAUAGAGAAGUGUGCAGUUUGCAUUUUAAUUAUCUGACAAAAACCAUGACUGUGGAGGAUGUUAUAUCAGCUGUUUCUAAUUAUGCAGCAAAUUAUGCUACUACAUUAGUACAACAGAUCAAAGAAGCAGUAGCCUCCGAUGUGGAAGCAAGGUAUAAGAAAGAUGACCGCAAUACAAAUCGUUUUAAAGAAUGUAUAACAAUGAAGAAAUUAACCAUGAUUAAUAAUGACUGUAUUAGCAUUAAACUACGCAAAUGGGGUGUAUUAGAUAAAAUAGAAACUGAUGAAGUUGGUUCAGAAGAGGUUGAAAAUGACAACUUCAAAAUUAUAAAACCUGGAGAAGGUUCAGCUGAAUUAAUAAUAGAUACUGGCAUGUCGUUUGGUGAAGGUGGACCUAGUACAUGGAACAUGUCAAAUUCCUCAGAGGAAGAAGAAGCAAGUGACAUUGAAAUUACAGCUGAAGUGAAUAAAGAAAAAAAGGUGUUGGAUGAUGCAGAAAUGAGUGGAGACAGUGAAGAGGAAACAAUUGAAAUGUUGGAUUCGAAAGAUAUAAUGCUAUAAAUGUAAAUUAAUAAAAUUAACUAAUCGAAAUAUAGUUUUAUACAUUGCAUUUAA